AACCCUUCCUCCCCCUCUCCAGACACCAGCGGCCCAGCUACACGAGAGGAGCGCGGUAGUCCUUUCCCGGCGCGCAGCGGUGCACUAUGGCGUCCACCGGAGCCGUCCCCUGCUCCGUCCUCCUGCUCCUCCUCCUCUGCGCGUCCCCGCUGUGCCAGGGCCAGGCCGGACGGCACAACAUCACGGAGACCCUCGCCGCCGCCAGCCCGGACUUCGCCCAGUUCAGCGCCGCCCUGGCCGCCGCGAACCUCAGCGCCGAGAUCGACGGGCGCAGCCCCGUCACCGUCCUCGCCGUCGACAACGCCGCCGUGGCGCGGCUCGGGGAGCGGCGCCUCCAGCCGGACGCCCUCGCGCGCGUGCUCUCCCUGCACGUCCUCCUCGACUACCUCGGCGACGCCAGGCUCCGUACCCUCGACGGCGGGUUCAGGCAGGCCGCCAGCCUCUACCAGGCCCACGGCGCGCCGGGGGCCGCCGGCAUCGUGAACAUCACGCGGGGCGGCAAGGACGACCACGUCUCGUUCCGGCCAGCGGAGGGGGUGAACGGGACCGCCGCCGUGUUCUACGUGAAGUCGGUCAAGGAGGCGCCCUGGGACAUCGCCGUGCUGCAGGUGAGCGACGCCAUCUCGUCCUUCACCGCCGAGGCGAAGGUGCCCACGCCGCCGGCCCCGGCUCCUGCUCCCAAGGCGCCUGCGCCUGCUCCUCUGGCGCCGGUCGUGGCCCCUGCACCUGCUAAGGCCCCGGCGGCCCUGCCUCCGUCGCCAAAGAACCACACCGCGCCACCGCCGAAGCCGGCCAAAGAGCCCGUGCCUUCGCCAACGCCCGUGGUGGAGACGCCGGCGGAAGGACCUGGGGCGGACGGAGAUCAGCCGCCUGCCGACGAGCACAAGAGUGGCGCCAGCGACUCGGAGCCGUGGAGCCUCGGCGCGGUGGUGGCGGUGGCCGUGCCGGUCGUCGUGUUUCUGCUGUGGUGAGCAAUCUGUGCUUGGAAUGAAUGCCCGCUGUUAGGGGCCCUGGAUCCCGUGAUUAGUGUUCGCGCUUACCCGCAUGGAGACAGUGGUUAAUGAGCGCUGGUUAUCGCUGGCAGAUUUGAGCAGAAAUAAUUGUACGAUGCUCGUGUUUAGUCAAGGAGUGCAUGCCUAUGUUUGAA